UGCUGGGCGGUUCGGCUCCGAAAGGGGGGGAGGGGUGCAGCGCCGGGGGUCGCCCAGGGGCAGGAUCCAGCCCUGGUGCCGCGGUGCCCCUGCUGGGAGGGAUGCUCGUGGAGAUGGUGCGGUGCAUUGGAAAUAAUCCUGGGGACACCGCGGGCGUGGCUGGGGGGGGGGGACCCUGCCGUCCCCAGCGCCGCAUCGGCUGCACACAGCCCUCAGUGCACAGACUGUCCUUUGUGGGGGGAGUGCCUGGUCCCUGCAUAGUGACGGGCAGAGGGGAGGCAGGGAGCAAAUCUCCCUCCUGAGAGCCCCUCCACAGUGGAAUGUGCUGCCCACCAUUUCUCCCACCUCACAUCAUGGGCAAAUAUGGGGGGAGUAGGAAUGGUGCAAAUGGAACACUGAACCUCAGACCCCACAGGGGACCAUAGGGACACGGAGGGGCCCAGCCUGGCGCUGCCACACAUCUCCAUUCCCCAGCACAAGGCAGAGUGGCUGCAGCCAUCCCUGUCCCCCCCCCAGCACUGAGCCCCACACCAGGGCCAGGCCUCGCACCCAUGUCACAACAGGGACCCAUCCAUACCCCUCCCUGUGUGUCCAGCACCCCAAAUCCCAGCUCUGAGAGCUGUGCUCUGCCCUUCAAGGACAAGCUCUGCGCCGUGAGGAUGUGAUACCAUAAUUUAUGCAAAUAGAGCAGGUGAGGUCUCCCUGCAGGCUGACUGCCCCCAGCACCACCCUGCAGGGCACAGCACCCCAAAAAUUCCCUGACAUCCAUGGGGCGGACUAGGUAACCCUGUGUGCCCCACAAUGGGGUGCAGGCAGCAAAGAGCAAAGACAGGCAGCAACAUGGGGACAGCCACCCCUGGGCUCCUUUGGGGUGGUUGUGGUGGAUGUGGGGAUGGUUCAGCACUACAUGCCCCCGUGUCCUCACCCGGGAGGUCUCCACGGGGGACGUGGUGCACAGGGGAUGCUUGGCCAACACCGGUGUGGAGCGCAUCGACUGCAUCUCAAGGAAGCGCUGGAUGGCUUCCAAAGCACUGGCUGCUGGCAGUGAGAGCAAGCAGAGGCAAAUAAGGUGAAGGCUGGAGGGUGUGUGGAUCUGCCCCGAAGGGCCAUGAGCUGCCCAGGGGCCCUGAUCCCACACUCCCCCACAGGUCCCCCCCAGCCCAUGCAGUGAUCAGGGCGUGUGGCACAGCACCUGCUCUCAUCUUAGCUGCACUGCACACUGAGGUAAGGAACCAGGGCUGCAGCCAUGGUGUGGGUGAUGGGCCCCUAAAUUGAGUCUGUGGGGCAGAAAUCCCGGUGUGGGAUCCUCCCCACCCAGCCCUGCCCUUUAGGGCUGCCCAUAGCGGAUUGCGUAGGGAGGACACCUUGUCCUGAGGGCUGUUCUGGGGCAGUGAGCAGCACCCACAGGAAGCGCAGCGCUUCUCUCCCCGCCUUGAGAAACUGAAAACACAGAGAGCAGCCUCACAUCCACUCACAGCCUUGUGCUCACAGCUGGGAGGGCAGCGGGGCCGGGGGCAGAGGGGUGAAGGUAGGUGCUGCCAUGGUGGGGGGUGAGGGGGGGCUCAGGGUGCGCGGUGGCAGCGCGGUGCUGUUCCACUCUGUGCUGUUUCUCUCGCUCAGGUCUGCUGGCCAUGGGCAACCUGAUAAAGGUAUUGGGCAAAGAUUUAGAAAACUGUCCUCAUUUUUUCCUGGAUUUUGAAAGUAAGUCCCAUGAGCAGGGUGAAGUGGGGAGGGGUCUAGGGCUGCUGUGGUGGCUGCUCCCCAGAAGAUGGGACAGGCGCAGAGUCCUCAAGCAGCAUCGUGUCCUUGAGGCUGUCCUGGAUGCACCCUACAAAGGCUGCAGGGGGCUGGGGAGCGAGGCUAAACCCGAGGAGAUGUCCCACACUUGCCCCAAGGGUCCUGCAUGGGGACACAUCCCAGCCAAGUGAGGUGGACAUGGGACAUGUGCCAGCAGCAGGACCUGGCACAAGGCACGUGCCCGUUGCUAUUAGUCAACAGCUCUUGGAGGCCAUGCAGCACAUCCUCACUAUCACCAUGGCUGGACAGCCUAAAGGCUGGGGAUGCUGGGAGCGAGGUGGGAGGACCUGUGCCACAUGGGUUGAGCUCAAGCACCCUGAUGCCCGCAGGUUCCUGGUACCAUGCCUGUGGAUGCAGCUGAGGGGUACUCCAGGCUGUGUACAGGGAUGCGAUGGGAGAUGUGGCUGUGGUGGGAGGCUCAGUCUGGUGCAGCCUCCAGCCCCUUCCUGCCUCCCCCCUCCUUCCUCCCAGAGCACAGUGCAGAACAAGAGCGAGGGAUGUAAAUAUAGUGCAGCAGCAACCGCGGGGCCCGGCCCCAGCCACAGUGGGAAGAGGCUGCACGCAGCUCUCUGCAUCACCCCCAGCACCAAACAUCCCAAAAUAGGCAGCGGGGCCAGGGCUGGGACCGCACAACCACCCGAGCAGGAGGGCCCUUUGGGUGCACACAGCCCUCUCCAUCCCUCUGCAUGGGGCUGCAGCUGCUCCCCAGGACCCCCAUUCUGGGACUCACUCACCGCAUCGCCCUCCUCACUGGAGCCCAGCGGCUCUCCUUGCUCCGCUCUGCUCCUUCCGCUCCAUCAUUCAUCACAGCGCCCAUCUCCAUCCUCGGGGGGAAGAGGGCCGGGAGGACGGGCUCUGCCCCGCUGCCCGCAGCACCUCUUCCCCAAUCCCACCUCGCCGUCAUGCUUUUUUCCUCUUGUUUCUUCUCUUGCAGGUUUCACAUGGGGAACCUUCUUAAAGUGUUGACUUAUAACGAACUUGAACAAGGCCCUAAUUUUUUCCUUGACUUUGAAAAUGCGCAGCCAACAGAGGCUGAGACUGCGGUGUGGAACCAGGUGAAUGCCGUGCUGGAGGAGUCGCAGGGCGUGCUGGCUGAGCUGCAGUCCUACACGGGUGCCGGGCAGGAGAUUCGAGAGGCCAUCCAGAACCCUGGGGACCUGCAGCUGCAGGAGAGGGCAUGGAGUGCCGUGUGCCCCCUUGUUGCCAAGCUGAAGCGCUUCUAUGAGUUCUCUCUGCGACUCGAGAAUGCUCUGCGCAGCCUUCUGGAGGCCCUCACCUGCCCGCCGUACCCCCCUACGCAGCACUUGGAGCGGGAGCAGGCCUUGGCCAAGCAGUUUGCUGAGAUUCUGCACUUCACCCUCAGCUUUGAUGAGCUCAAGAUGACCAACCCCGCCAUCCAGAAUGACUUCAGCUACUACAGACGGACCAUCAGCCGAAACCGCAUCAACAACCUCCAGCUGGAUGCGGAGAGUGAGGUGAACAAUGAGAUGGCCAACAGGAUGUCCCUCUUCUACGCUGAGGCCACCCCUAUGCUCAAAACACUCAGCAAUGCCACCACCAAAUUUGUCUCAGAGAACAAGACGCUCCCAAUUGAGGACACGACCGACUGCCUGAGCACCAUGGCCUGCGUCUGCAGGGUGAUGCUGGAGACCCCGGAGUACCGCAGCCGUUUCACCAACACCGAGACACUGCUGUUCUGCAUGCGGGUGAUGGUUGGGGUCAUCAUCCUCUAUGACCAUGUCCACCCCGUGGGGGCCUUUGCCAAGACCUCCAAGAUUGAUAUGAAGGGGUGCAUCAAAGUCCUCAAGGACCAACCGUCCACCAGCACCGAGGGGCUCCUGAAUGCACUGAGGUACACCACCCGGCACCUGAAUGAUGACACCACAUCCAAACAGAUCCGGGCGCUGCUGCAGUGAGCGCAGCUCCGCAUCCCAGUGCACAUCACUGUGUCACCCACACCAUGCCCAUACCACUCAUUUUGUACAGAGGGAAAAGGGACAACAGAAAUUACCCAGAAAUAAAUCAAAACGGCCCCAAAAAGCCACCCUGCCAUGCUCCUGUCCACCCUGCCCCUCCCAGAACAACACCUGGAUGCGCUCCCACCGCCCUGAGAGCAGUGCCCGGGGACGUGGGGUGCAGGUGGCACUGCGGGGACACGGGGCUGAGCAGGAUGGGGCUGGGGGUACGGGGGUGGCACAGGCAGUGCCCCCGGCCCCACACGUGCAGGGGAGAGGAAGAGGAAGGAGCAUCGCUGUGCUGACUGCAGGAAUCGGCUCUGCUCCACCCCGUGGAUUUUUAAUACAUGUGAUUAAAUCGCCGCUCACCUCUUCUUCUGUACCUUUU